CUUGUCUGUGCGGCGUUGGGGGGAGAGGGGUGCUCUCCACAGAGACACAGACAAGCUGGGAGCUGCAUGAUGCUUGGCCAGGCUGACAAGGUUUCCUGGGUUUUGCAAAGAUUUCUGUUUACUUUGACUGUGCUAGAUUUUGCCUGCAGAUUAGAGACAGGGUGUGAUGGACGCAGGAACAGAUGAGACAUCGUCGACUUCCUGUAGCCCGGAUGUUGGAGGAAGCGCUGAGGGGCCCCUCGCUGCCCCCAUCAUGGCGUCUGCUCUCACUGUCCUCUUCCUCAACCUCAGGUACCCCAAACCCUCCAUCUCCCUGAGCCCCAGUGGGGAUGUCGCCCUGGGGGGAGCUGUGACCGUCCAGUGUCGGGGUCGGCACCAGAUCAUGAGGUUCCUUCUGUACCAAGAUGGAAACCCAAAUGUGCUCCAGGACGCAGAACCUGCUGGGGACCUGGCUGAGUUUCCCAUUCGCGACGUGAGCCAGAGAGAUGCAGGGAGCUACAGCUGCUAUCAUCAUGACAAAGUGUACCCGUUCACCUGGUCGCAUCCCAGCGACCCUGUGGAGCUGGUGGUAGCAGGUGAGUUGCCUGGCUCAGUAUCCCCGGUCCCAGCCCCACACCCAGCUGGACCCUCAGGGGCAGGGGCAUGUGCGAGGGGGCAAGCUGACACAGUUCCUCAUUCAGGGCUCGGUGGAGCUUGGCACCGGGGUGGUGGUGACAGCGCUGAGGGGCCCCUUGCUGCCCCCAUUAUGGCAUCUGCUCCCAUGAUCAUCUUCCUUGGCUGCUGGCUGGCCGGGCAGAGCAGGGUGUCGGGACAGACCACCUACUCCAAACCCUCCAUCUCCCUGCACCCCAGCAGGGAGGUGACCCCGGGGGAAGCCGUGACCGUCCGGUGUCAGGCUCCAUACCAGAACAUGAGGUUCCUUCUGUACAAAGAUGGAAACCGGACCGCGCUGCAGGAGGUGGAGCUGGCUGGGAACGUGGCUGAGUUUCCCAUUCGCAAUGUGAGCCGCAGAGAUGCAGGGAGCUACCACUGCCGAUACAGCAACAAAACGGACGCGUCUGCCUCUUCGCAUCCCAGUGACCCUGUGGAGCUGGUGGUAGCAGAGCGCAGCUACCCCAAACCCAACAUCUACCUGAGACCCGGCGGGGGGGUCUCCCUAGGGGGAGCUGUGACCGUCUGGUGUCGGGGGCAGCACCGGGGCGUGCGGUUCGUGCUGAAUAAAGAAGGACGCCAUUUCCCAUCUGUGGAUUCGGACGGGUUUGAGGUUGUGUUUCCCAUCAGCAACGUGAGCCGGGAGGACGGGGGGAGCUACAGCUGUUCCUAUCACAGCGGAUCGGAGCCAUUCGCCGUGUCGUACCCUAGCAACCCCGUGAAGGUGUUGGUGAGAGGGGGAACCGACCUGGGCCACCCUGGAGCGGCACCGGCUCCCACCCACCCCCCGGGUAGCCCGGGACCAGGGGGAUCAGAAUCGCCGGCAUCUCUGGGUCUGACCAGCUCCAUCAUCACCAGGGCGAGCGCGGCAGCCGCCGGCUUCCUCCUCCUCCUCGUGGCCUUCGUCUGCUUCAGAAAAACCCGAGCCAGAAAAGGAGCCGCACCGAGACCGAGCAGCACCAGCCCCUUGAGGGUGUUGAAGACCCCAACUAUGCAAGACCCUGUCUACACCUCCAUGGACGAAGGGAAAGAGACGCAGACCCUGGAGCCUGACCCCGACGGACUCACCUACGCUGAACUGGACGGCCAGGCGCUGCAGGCCAAGUGGGGGGGUCCAACCCCUGCCCCUGCCCCUGAGCCUGCCCAGCCCAGCGUGUACGCCGUGAUCAACGUGAGCCGGGGGGCCCCGCAGUGA